CUGGCGGGAACCCCGCGUCGGCUCCAGAGGCCGGAACACCCGCUUAAGUCCCUUUAAGACCAGCUCGGUCGCUAGCGCCGCCGCCGCAGUUACUAGGGAUAUGGCGUCACCUGCGGGUGGGGCUUACGCGCCAGACCGGAAGCGGAAGGGGCGGGCCUCCGCGGGCCCAAGUUCCAGUGCUGUCGCUGCCGCUGCCGCCACCGCCAGUGCCCCUUCGGAACCGGAGCUGGCUGGGCCACAGCGCAAUAUGGUGGACUACAGUGUGUGGGACCACAUCGAGGUGUCUGACGAUGAAGAUGAGACGCACCCCAACAUCGACACGGCCAGUCUCUUCCGCUGGCGGCACCAGGCCCGGGUGGAGCGCAUGGAACAGUUCCAGAAGGAGAAGGAGGAGCUGGACAGGAGCUGCCGCGAGUGCAAGCGCAAGGUGGUCGAGUGUCAGCGGAAGCUGAAGGAGCUGGAGGUGGCUGAGGAUGAGGGCAGCAAGGUGGAGCUGGAGCGGCUGCAGGCCGAGGCUCAGCAGCUGCGCAAGGAGGAGCGGAGCUGGGAGCAGAAGCUGGAGGAGAUGCGCAAGAAGGAGAAGAGCAUGCCCUGGAAUGUGGACACGCUCAGCAAAGACGGCUUCAGCAAGAGCAUGGUCAACACCAAGCCCGAGCAGGUGGAGGAGGAGUCAGAAGAGGUGAGAGAACAGAAACACAAGACCUUUGUGGAGAAGUACGAGAAACAGAUAAAGCACUUCGGCAUGCUCCACCGCUGGGAUGACAGUCAGAAGUACCUGUCAGACAACGCCCACCUGGUGUGCGAGGAGACAGCCAACUACCUGGUCAUCUGGUGCAUUGACCUAGAGGUGGAGGAGAAAUGUGCACUCAUGGAGCAGGUGGCGCACCAGACCAUUGUCAUGCAGUUCAUCCUGGAGCUGGCCAAGAGCCUGAAGGUGGAUCCCCGUGCCUGCUUCCGGCAGUUCUUCACUAAGAUCAAGACAGCCGACCGCCAGUACAUGGAGGGUUUCAACGAUGAGCUGGAGGCCUUCAAGGAGCGCGUGCGGGGCCGCGCCAAGAUACGCAUCGAGAAGGCCAUGAAGGAGUACGAGGAGGAGGAACGCAAGAAGCGGCUUGGCCCUGGUGGCCUGGACCCCGUGGAAGUCUAUGAGUCUCUCCCUGAGGAACUCCAGAAAUGCUUUGACGUGAAGGACGUGCAGAUGCUCCAAGACGCCAUUAGCAAGAUGGACCCCAGUGAUGCAAAGUACCACAUGCAGCGCUGCAUCGAUUCAGGCCUCUGGGUCCCCAACUCCAAGUCCAGUGAGGCCAAGGAGGGAGAGGAGGCAGGUCCCGGGGACCCUUUACUGGAAACUGUCAAGCCAGAUGAGAAGGAUGUCAGCGCGUGACCCGCCCCAGCUGCUGCCCGCCUGCCUGCAGGCUUCCGUGCCCCCCUUUUCAGAAAAUGAAAAUAGAUGCCAUUGCCCUAGCUCCUGGCUUCCUUCACUUCCCCCCGCCCUCCAGCCUGGAAGACCUGCCCCAUGCCCUACCCCCUGCACUCAUCCAAGUCUUGCUUUGAGUCAAGGGCCUUCACUGCCUGAGCUCCCCCAUCAGCAUUAUGCCAAAGGCCCUGGGGUCCAGGAAGGAGCAGAGGUGGUUAGGCCGAUCCACAGGAGAGGGGGAGGGUCCCCCGCCGAGGGGCCUGCUCCAGUCACUGGGCUCUGUUUUCACUGUCAGCUGUCGAGUCUCCUAUGUGGUAAACAGCAGUGAUCUCCCAAUAAAGGAUUUCAGAUGCUCUGGA